CUUGUUUUCUGUAAACAGCCACGUGCGCUACGACAAGGAGGAGGCAGCAAAUCCAUGUGUGCAUUGUGCUACACAGCGGCAGGUUGCCGACGUCGCGUGACGUCACUUCCGGCCGUUGGACAGCCGGUUGAGGCCAGUUGAGAGCGUGCGAGCUGUCAACACUGCUGGAGGAGAUUGUCUUCUCUUAAACCACCUUUUCUUCCACAUCACCGCCAGCUCCAUCUCAACAUGACUCGGAGGUGAUCUUCAGCGCGUCCCGGUGGUUCUGGGUUCCAGGUUGGUGUGGUAAGAGCAAGCUGACUGCAAGAGACCACCUGGGGCAGUUUGUCCCUGGCUCUCAAGCGAUCAAGGAGGGCUUUGCCAUCUGCUGUGCAUCAUGGAGAAGGAAGACCUGAAGGUCCUCAACAAGGGGGAAGAAGAAGAGAUGGAGCUGCAAGGCUUCCGUCUGUGCCCUUGGCGACUGGCACUGGUGGGUGUUGGGGUCCUGUGUACAGGGGGCUUCCUGCUCCUGCUGCUCUACUGGAUGCCAGAGUGGUGCGUCAAGUCCACCUGCAUCCCCACCUCCGCCUGUGAUGCUGAAGUGGUGUUGCUGCGCUCCACGGAUGAAUUCCGGCGCUGGUUCCUGGCUAAGGUUCGAGUGAUGCUAGCCCCAGGGAGCAACCCCUUCCACAGCCUGGACACCCAGACCACCUCCCCUCCCUCCCCUCCCUCCCCAUCCAUGGCCAAUGGAGACACCCGGCCCCCUCAGGAGCUCAUCAGAAGAUAUGUGGACUACCAGCCCACAGCGAUUCGUUACUUCACGCUCCACAGCACAAAGUACUAUUGGAACGAGCGAGUGCAGAACUUUGAAGACUUAACUGGUCUGGAGGAUCUCAAUGUGAGCUGUGCUGCGCUCCACUCGGAGCACAGCAGGGGUCUCACCAGGAACCAGCAGGAGUACAGGAAACUCUUCUUUGGAGUGAAUGAGAUUGAAGUGAAAGUGCCUUCUGUUUUCAAGCUGCUUAUCAAAGAGGUCCUCAACCCUUUCUACAUCUUCCAGCUCUUCAGUGUGAUCUUGUGGAGCGCCGAUGAAUAUUACUACUAUGCUGUGGCCAUUGUUAUCAUGUCACUUCUCUCCAUAGCUACCUCUCUGUACGCCAUCAACAAGCAAUAUGUCAUGCUUCAUGAUAUGGUGGCAGCUCACAGUACUGUACGUGUGUCUGUAUGCCGAGCCAACAACGAAAUUGUAGAAGUGUUGUCGAGCGACCUGGUGCCCGGUGACGUGAUGGUGAUCCCCAGCAACGGGACCAUUAUGCCAUGCGAUGCCGUGCUGGUCAGCGGCACCUGCAUCGUCAAUGAAAGCAUGCUCACAGGGGAAAGUGUUCCUGUGACCAAGACCAACCUUCCAAACCAGUCGCCAGGCGAGAGUGGAGAUGAGGCUGAGAGCGCCUACAGCACAGAGGAGCAUAAGAGACACACCCUUUUCUGUGGCACCAAUGUCAUCCAGACACGUUUCUACACCGGCGAGCUGGUCAAAGCCGUGGUGGUCCGCACAGGCUUCAGCACGGCCAAAGGCCAGUUGGUACGCUCCAUCCUUUACCCCAAACCCACCGACUUCAAGCUGUACCGCGAUGCCUACCUUUUCCUCCUGUGUUUGGUGGGUGUGGCAGGCAUUGGCUUUGUUUACUCCAUCGUCCUCAGCGUCAUGAACAAGGUGCCAGCCAAGACCAUCAUCAUCGAGUCCCUGGACAUCAUCACCAUCACUGUUCCACCGGCGCUGCCAGCCGCCAUGACAGCUGGCAUUGUCUAUGCCCAACGACGUCUCAAACGAAUUGGAAUUUUUUGCAUCAGCCCGCAAAGGAUCAAUAUUUGUGGGCAGAUCAAUCUGGUGUGCUUUGACAAGACUGGAACUCUGACAGAAGAUGGUUUAGACCUGUGGGGAGUCCAGAGAGUUGAGAAUGGCGGAUUCCAGCAAUCCGAAGAAAAAGCCUACAAGGAGAAUCUGGUGAAGUCCCAGUUUGUUGCUUGCAUGGCCACUUGCCACUCUCUCACCAAAAUAGAAGGCCAGCUAUCUGGAGACCCGCUGGAUCUCAAAAUGUUUGAGGCCACUGGCUGGAUCCUGGAGGAAGCCACUGAGGAAGAAACAUCUCUCCACAACCGCAUCAUGCCCACUGUGGUUCGACCCCCAAAGCAGCUGUUGCCCCCACAGCCUGUACUACCGGAGCAGGACCUGUCCUUCUGCUCUGUUCUUUCUCCAUUCCAGGAACUCUACGACCUGCCUUCACAGUAUGAGAUAGGUAUCGUGCGGCAGUUUCCCUUUUCCUCGGCACUGCAGAGGAUGAGUGUGGUGGCUCGUCUGUUGGGGGAGAAGCGUAUGGACGCCUACAUGAAGGGAGCACCAGAGUUGGUGGCUCGUCACUGCAAGACAGACACAGUGCCAGACACUUUUGCAGAGGUGUUGGAGGGCUACACCAAGCAGGGUUUCCGAGUCAUCGCUCUGGCUCAUCGACGCCUUGAAUCCAAACUCACUUGGCACAAAGUGCAGAACAUAAGCAGAGAUCACAUUGAGACCAACAUGGACUUCCUGGGUCUAAUAAUCAUGCAGAACAAGUUGAAGACAGAAACAGCAGAGGUGCUGCAGGAUCUGCACAGAGCCAACAUUCGAACUGUAAUGGUUACUGGCGAUAACAUGCUGACAGCGAUCUCUGUAGCACGAGACUGUGGAAUGAUUCCCCCACAGGACGCGGUCAUCAUUGCUGAGGCCACGGCGCCACACGAUGGGCAGACGGCAAGAAUCACCUGGAGAUAUGCUGACUCGCCGAGCAUGGCAACAAGUCUGGAGGAGGUGAACAUCAGCCUGGAGGAUGUGUGUCACAUCGAUGAGCCCAAAGAGCAAGAGCGCUACCAUUUUGCUAUGAAUGGAAAGUCAUUUUCGGUCAUCUCGGAGCAUUUCCCAGAUCUGCUCCAGAAGCUGGUGCUCCAUGGAACAGUGUUUGCCAGAAUGGCCCCGGAUCAGAAAACUCAGCUCGUUGAGGCCCUGCAGGAUGUGGAAUACUUUGUGGGAAUGUGUGGCGACGGUGCAAACGACUGCGGGGCUUUGAAGAGGGCUCAUGGGGGCAUCUCCCUGUCAGAACUGGAGGCUUCUGUGGCCUCUCCCUUCACCUCCAAAACACCAAACAUCUCCUGUGUGCCAAGCCUCAUUAGGGAAGGCCGUGCUGCUCUGGUCACCUCCUUUUGUGUCUUCAAGUUCAUGGCUCUUUACAGCAUCAUCCAGUACAUCAGUGUCACCCUCCUUUACUCCAUUCUCAGCAACCUUGGAGAUUUCCAGUUCCUCUUCAUCGAUAUUGCCAUCAUUCUUUUCCUGGUGUUCACCAUGAGUCUCAACCCAGCAUGGAAAGAGCUGGUCGCACGUCCUCCUCCGUCAGGCCUAAUCUCCGCACCGCUGCUCCUGUCUGUGCUCAGUCAGAUCCUGCUCAACUUUGGCUUCCAGAUAUUUGCAUUUUUCUGGGUGAAACAGCAGCCCUGGUACAGCGUCUGGACACCACAUGUAGAUGCCUGCAAUGUGACAUCACCUACAAACAUGUCCGACCUGAACGGCACAGAAGUGGACGACCACAACAUCAAAAACUACGAGAACACCAGCCUUUUCUACGUGUCCUGCUUCCAGUACCUCAUUGUCUCCAUUGUCUUCUCCAAGGGCAGACCUUUUCGGGAACCAAGCUACAAGAACUGGCCUUUUGUGCUCACGGCUUUGACUUUGUACGUCUUCCUGCUGACCAUCAUGUUCUACCCUGCUAAAGCCAUCGAUGACUUCUUGGAGAUUGUUUGUGUUCCGAUGGACUGGAAACUGAAGCUCCUCCUCCUGGUGCUGGUCAACGCUGCAGCGUGUGUUGUGGUGGAGACCUUCAUCAUUGACAUCGUCUUAUGGAAAGUUGUGUUCAGCAGAGACAAACAGGGCAUCACUCCUGCUGCCCCACCAUCACAGAAGAGCAUAGAUGUGUCAGCAGACAGGUGUCUGCAGUGUCCCAGCAAGGUGGCGCCAAAAGCUCGCUACAUGCAUCUGGCGCAGGCGCUCAGCGUGGACCCCGACUGGCCCCCGAAGCCAACCACCACUACUGAAGCCAAGCCCCGCCCACAAAAUGGCUCCUCUUACCAAAUGGUCAGCAGCUCCUAAACUCCCAUAAUCCUUUGCGUCUUGUCACUGGCCAUGAUGAUUGUACCACAUGAACCACUAACACUCCAACAUUCACAAAUAUUAUUUUGACAUGCAAAAAGUACUGAAAUAUGAACAAACUUGAUUUUAGCUCCACCCCUACUUCCUGUGUGUGCUGUGUUGUCAUGGCAACAACAAAAUCUUCCACAAUGACAAUGCCUUUGCUCUACUGUACACCAUGGUCAUUACUGUACACUAUUGUCAUUACUGUACACUAUUGUCAUUACUGUACACUAUUGUCAUUACUGUACAUAAUGAUCAUUACUGUACAUGAUGGUCAUUACUAUACACAAUGCCAUUACUGUACACCAUGGUCAUUACUGUACACGAUGCCAUUACUGUACACCAUGGUCAUUACUGUACAUGAUGAUCAAUACUGUACACCAUGGUCAUUACUGUACAUGAUGAUCAUUACUGUACAUGAUGGUCAUUACUGUACACUUGUCAUUACUGUACACCAUGGUCAUUACUGUACAUGGUGGUCAUUACUGUACAUGAUGAUCAUUACUGUACAUUAUAGUCAUUACUGUACAUGAUGAUCAUUACUGUACAUGAUGGUCAUUACUGUGGUCAUUACUGUACACCAUGGUCAUUACUGUACAUGAUGAUCAUUACUGUACACUAUAGUCAUUACUGUACUUGAUGAUCAUUACUGUACAUGAUGGUCAUUACUGUGGUCAUUACUGUACACCAUGGUCAUUACUGUACAUGAUGUUAUUACUGUACACCAUGGUCAUUACUGUACACAAUUUAAUUACUGUACAUGAUGGUCAUUACUGUACACAAUUUAAUUACUGUACAUGAUGGUCAUUACUGUAAGUGAUGGUCAUUACUGUACAUGUCAUUACUGUACACUAUGGUCAUUACUGUACAUGAUGAUCAUUACUGUACACAAUUUAAUUACUGUACACGGUCAUAACUGUACACAAUGGUCAUUACUGUACAUGAUGCCAUUACUGUACACCAUGGUCAUUACUGUACACGAUGGUCAUUACUGUACACGAUGCCAUUACUGUACACGAUGGUCAUUACUGUACACGAUGCCAUUACUGUACACGAUGGUCAUUACUGUACACCAUGGUCAGUACUGUACACCAUGGUCAUUACUGUACACGAUGGUCAUUACUGUACACAAUGCCAUUACUGUACACCAUGGCCAUUACUGUACACUAUGCCAUUACUGUACACGAUGGUCAUUACUGUACAUUAUUGUCAUUACGGUACACUAUUGUCAUUACUGUACAUGAUGAUCAUUACUGUACAUGAUGGUCAUUUCUGUACACAAUGCCAUUACUGUACACCAUGGUCAUUACUGUGCAUGUUGAUCAUUACUGUACACCAUGGUCAUUACUGUGCAUGUUGAUCAUUACUGUACACCAUGGUCAUUACUGUACAUGAUGAUCAUUACUGUACAUGAUGGUCAUUACUGUACACCAUGGUCAUUACUGUACAUGAUGAUCAUUACUGUACAUGAUGGUCAUUACUGUACACCAUGGUCAUUACUGUACAUGGUGGUCAUUACUGUACAUGAUGAUCAUUACUGUACACUAUAGUCAUUACUGUACAUGAUGAUCAUUACUGUACAUGAUGGUCAUUACUGUGGUCAUUACUCUACACCAUGGUCAUUACUGUACAUGAUGUCAUUACUGUACACGAUGGUCAUUACUGUACAUGUCAUUACUGUACACCAUGGUCAUUACUGUACAGAAUUUAAUUACUGUACAUGAUGGUCAUUACUGUACACCAUGAUUAUUACUGUAAGUGAUGGUCAUUACUGUACAUGAUGUCAUUACUGUACACUAUGGUCAUUACUGUACAUGAUGAUCAUUACUGUACACAAUUUAAUUACUGUACACGGUCAUUACUGUACACAAUGGUCAUUACUGUACAUGAUGCCAUUACUGUACACCAUGGUCAUUACUGUACACGAUGCCAUUACUGUACACAAUGGUCAUUACUGUACACCAUGGUCAGUACUGUACACGAUGUCAUUACUGUGCACAAUUUAAUUACCGUACACGAUGGUCAUUACUGUACACGAUGGUCAUUACUGUACUCCAUGGUCAGUACUGUACACGAUGUCAUUACUGUACACCAUGGUCAUUACUGUACACGAUGCCAUUACUGUACACGAUGUCAUUACUGUACACCAUGGUCAUUACUGUACACAAUUUAUUUACUGUACACAAUGCCAUUACUGUACACCAUGGUCAUUACUGUACACGAUGCCAUUACUGUACACGAUGUCAGUACUGUACACCAUGGUCAGUACUGUACACCAUGGUCAGUACUGUACUCGAUGUCAUUACUGUACACCAUGGUCAGUACUGUACACGAUGUCAUUACUGUACACCAUGGUCAGUACUGUACACGAUGUCAUUACUGUACACCAUGGUCAGUACUGUACACAAUGUCAUUACUGUACACGAUGUCAUUACUGUACACCAUGGUCAGUACUGUACACGAUGUCAUUACUGUACAUGAUGGUCAUUACUGUACACCAUGGUCAGUACUGUACACGAUGUCAUUACUGUACAUGAUGGUCAUUACUGUACACCAUGGUCAGUACUGUACACCAUGGUCAGUACUGUACACGAUGUCAUUACUGUACACCAUGGUCAGUACUGUACACGAUGUCAUUACUGUACAUGAUGGCUUUGCUUUGCUGCUCCUCAUUUGACAAACAGCAACACUUAAAAGCAAAAACUAUAACUACAUUGUCAGUAUUAAUGAAUACUAAUACUGUACUCAUAAAUACAACUACUGUAGUACAGUACCAGUACUCAUAAAUACAACUACUGUAGUACAGUAUUAGUAUGCAUGAAUUCUGACAAGUAAUAUUGAUGCACACAGACUACUCUAAUGUAUUGGAAGCAAGUAACAGUAAGUGUGAUAUUCCUCUGCAAAAUGUAAUUAGUGAUGUGAAUAUUUACAAGACUUAUUCUUGUAUGAAGAUGUUUAUGGAGACACUAGAAGUAAUACAACAUCAAUCACGAUAGAGAAAGGAGACAUUUGUAUUUUGUUCCUUCUCAUUUGUUUACUUUGCAGAAGUUGUCACGAAUAGACACUUCCUGUGUGUGUCGAGCUGGCCACUUUUGUAUGAGAGAGAAGAGAGCUCACUGUGUUCAGUGGAUAGAGCCAUGCACUUCCUGUUUGAAGCCACACCCAACAAUUCUGAUUGGCCAACAUGGCUGUCACUCAAAUGGCCGUGACAACAAGCAGCGCAAGUUAUUUAUCAAAUGGACUAAAACCUCAAUGAUGAUUAUUCCAGCAGCCCUACUAUACAAGCUGCACACAGACUACUCUAAUGUUGUACAAGCUGCACACAGACUACUCUAAUGUUGUACAAGCUGCACACAGACUACUCUAAUGUUGUACAAGCUGCACACAGACUACUCUAAUGUUGUACAAGCUGCACACAGACUACUCUAACAUUAUACAAGCUGCACACAGACUACUCUGACGCUCUACAAGCUGCACACAGACUACUCUAAUGUUAUACAAGCUGCACACAGACUACUCUAAUGUUGUACAAGCUGCACACAGACUACUCUAACAUUAUACAAGCUGCACACAGACUACUCUGACGCUCUACAAGCUGCACACAGACUACUCUAACAUUAUAAAAGCUGCACACAGACUACUCUAACAUUAAAAAAGCUGCACACAGACUACUCUGACGCUCUACAAGCUGCACACAGACUACUCUGACGCUCUACAAGCUGCACACAGACUACUCUGACACUCUACAAGCUGCACACAGACUACUCUGACGCUCUACAAGCUGCACACAGACUACUCUGACGCUCUACAAGCUGCACACAGACUACUCUGACACUCUACAAGCUGCACACAGACUACUCUGACGCUCUACAAGCUGCACACAGACUACUCUGACGCUCUACAAGCUGCACACAGACUACUCUAACAUUAAAAAAGCUGCACACAGGCUACUCUAACAUUCUACAAGCUGCACACAGACUACUCUAACAUAAAAAAAGCUGCACACAGGCUACUCUAACAUUAUACAAGCUGCACACAGACUACUCUAACAUGUGUAGUAGACAGAGUAGUGUCCAUGUGAGAUAGAAGAGUUUCUCCAAAAAGCAAGCAAAUGUAUUUUCAUGAGUGCAUCAUGUUUUCAACAUGUUAUCAAUAUAA